CUCGUCUCGAGACAGGGUUAGAGAGAAUGAUAUUAAAACCACAUUUUACAGAUGAGUCUCAGAGCUCAAUCAUUCGUCAGCAAGAUGAUAGAUCUUCCUUGUUAUCUAUCUGGCCAGCGAGCUGCAAACCCCUCUCGGUUUGAGAGAGAAAUAUCCAAGGAUAGAAACAGGAAAAGAUUGCUGUCCAUGGGCCGAAAUUUCAGCCGGACCACAAUCAGAAUUGUAGUCUCAGAUUUGCUGAGAAAAAACUACGCUAAGAGAGGAGCAUGAAAUUCAGGUUGUGACAUGGAGAGGAGACACUCAGAUUGUAUCGACAGAUGUACAGAGAACAGGAACCAGUUUUUUCAUGGCGGUGCUGAGAAUGCUCAAACCCUUGUGUGUGAUGUAAGGUGUCAAAUCCUCGGAGCUGGACACACAAAAGACCUCAAUCUCCGCACUUCACAGGCCGGGACAUGGGCUUUUGUAAACACCACAGCCUCGACUACCCUGAACUUAUACACUGAACGGAGGCUUUAAGGUCCUCCCCUCACCAACUGGACUCGCUGGUGAAGAAGACGACAAACAAACGAAGCUGCUGGGUAUUGUGUGUCAAUUCUCGAGUCGAAGAGAAAAAGUGAAUAACAGGAAACUGUGGCAAAAGACACCUCUCGAGGCACUGCUGAUGAGAAUUUCUAAAAUCUACUCCUCGGUCAAGAUGCUCUUGCACCACAUGAAGCACAUGGCGACCAAUUCUGUUACGAUCUGGAACUUCUGCACAAGUUGUGGAGCUGUUGCUGAAGCCAGAGUCCGCCAUGGCGCUUCAUUCGUGACAGGUGAAACGGAUUUGAGAGUGGCAUCAUUGCGUUGGGACACAGUUGGGGGAAUAGAAUACUCCCUCUUGCGAGUGUUGUUCUCUUUGACGUCAGGUGAGUGUCUGCCCCUCUGACAGAUUGUGUUGCGCAUAAUAAGGUGGAGGAAUAAUGGAGUCGCUCAUACAGUCUUAUCAGUUGCCUCGGUUAGACGUGAUGGCCUUUCUCUGGCCAGCAAUAAUAUGGCGCAGGUCGAAUGUGAGGACGACCACAGCCAGCGGUGGUCUCGGUCAGUACACCUGUUUCCAAAUUGGGACUUCGGUGCCCUUCUCGUCUCCUUGAGUUUUUUUCCUUUUCUAUGACAAGGGACCCAUCAUAUACCUCCUCCACCUUCGAUCGACUGAACGGUCAGACUCUUCGCUUUGAUUCGAGCAAAAGCCUGAAAGAUUCUUCUUUGUUUGCCAGAGCCCAUCAAUUAGAUUUCCAAGGCUUUACGUGACUCCACAUUGUCAACCUCCUUCUCUGAUUCCAGAAAUCUUCAUGCUUGGGUCAAGGAAAGAUCUCAGCCUAGGCUUCAGACACGUCUGACGAGGGUGUGAUGUGAUCUAACAGCUGACUGUGAUUUCUGUAUCCUCAAGCAAACUGAGCUCACAUCACCAGCAGAAGACAAUGUUACAGGUUAUUGAGCGAGAAUCAUCAUCUUCAAUGAUGUCAGAGUGUCAUUGAAUCAAAAACCUCACUUUUCUUUCCUGAAGCACUGCUCAGCGAACUCGAUUUGACUAUUUUGGCGGAAGAUGACUCAUAGCUAUGCCUUAAAACAGUUUAUACACUGCCUUCCAUCAGACAUCAAGCCCUGCGAGGAAGUUUGCUCGCUGACUCCAGCAGGUGCAAGAGCGGAUGACAUUCCAGUGAGGCUAAGUGUGUUGCUCAACAUUGUGAGACCAUCCAUGAUCACUCAUCAGAAACAAAAAUAGUCCUAACCAUGAAAAGGCAGGAGAAAAUUCCUCUCCGUCCCUUCAUUUGGAUCCCAUAACAUGCACUACCCCCUCGAUAGCCCAGACCCCAUCCCUGCCUCACAUUUAUCCACUCAAUUGGUUUCUACAGUCCUGUUGCUCCCACCGACACACCGAUGCGUUAUCGAUCGAAAGACAGGACGUGAAUUCGGGGCCGUCAGAAACUUGGAGACAGGAGCGAGCUAAAAGACGAAAAAAUCAUUAGCAGGUCAAGCAGAGGAGAGAAGUGUCGACAAUUGUGUGAGCGGGACGCAAAAUGCGGAGAAUAAAAUCGAAUGCGGCGAUUGUUUCUUCCACUAAUGGCUCAGAGGGAGCAAACAAGGCAGACUGUUUUACAGUCUCCCAUCACGAGGACAGCGAUCUGGAAAGUGCACGGCAUGAAAGGAACCAUUACCGAAGACGAGUGAAUGAGGAGGAACGGAAUUUGGACAGAGCCAGCGGAUGAAGCUAGAUAGUCGACGAUCGAGAGGUGCGGGUUGAGAUUGCUGUUUCUUCACGUGCCUUGUGAGUUCUUCAACCGCCGUCACCACGGCCUCGUGAUCCGCCCUCCGGCUUCGAGCUUCACUGCUUUGAGUCUUAGCUGUUCAUCUCCAAGGUUGUUUUCUGUCCAUUGCUCUCCCUCCCCUCCUCAUGUUCGAUUCCAUGCCUCUCACUUCCCUUCGAGCGCCAGAAUUUUCACAUCUUCAAGCAUUACAGUUCUGGAGCGCACGGACCUUGGAUCCACAAGUUUGAGAAAAAAACCUCAUAUACACUUAGCAUCCAAAUUCCUUGCAGAAAGCUACAUAUAGUUUCACAUUUUGCAUGGUUUCCACAUUGUAUUGAUUAGCACAAAUGUUGCAACAAAUUACACUAAUAACCAAGUCAUGAAAAUGAUAUCACAAUCAAA